AUGUCCUACCCGAAUCGUUAUGGCCGUGGUAUGGCUGCUCCCUACGGCACUGUGCAGCUUCCCGUUGGUUGGCAGAUGGCAUACUCUGCCGAGGGAGACCCAUACUACAUUGACCACAAUACACGUACGACGCACUGGCAGAUCCCUGCGGAGGUGCUGCAGCGAAUGAAUCAAGGACAAGUCUAUCGGGGACGCGUGAGACGUGGCAUUGACCGUACAAAGCUGAAGACAAAGAUGUGCAUGAACAUUCAACGCGGUGGUGUUUGCAAUUGGGGUGAUAACUGCGCCUUUGCACAUAACUCGGAAGAGCUCACUGCGGUCCCACAUGGUGGCAACCAGCGUGGAGGUGACGGAAAUCCGUAUCGUAUGAGGGGGCCUGCCAACAAUAACAGCAACAACAACUUAACCAACAAUCACAGCAUGAAUAAUGGCAACAGUGCCCCCAAUGCGGCGGAGUUGAAGCAGCCAAAAAAGCAGGAGCAACAACCCCAGCAGCAAGGCAUUCCCGCACCGCAGCAGGCGAUGCCCGCACAGACCCAGUGA